GCAUUGCUCCCGCCCCUUCUUCCAGCUCCAAGGAAGGGAAGAGGAACUGCUCUAGCCGCAUGUGUCACUUUCAGUAUGCAGCAAAAACGUGCUGCUAUGUGUCGCCCUGGCAUUAUUUAGCAAGUCUUGCCACUGGUGGGACAUAAGGUUCAAAGAUUGGACUCACAGCCGGUGUUCUGGGGGUGCGGGACGCCUAGGGAAGGUGGUGCAAGUGGUUUCGGACGUGGAGCGUGGCAGAGAAAAGGAAGAAGGGGGGCUUUUCUUUCCUGUGUGAUACCAGAUAGCUCGCUUCGCUUGCUUGCUUGCUUACCACGAAGGGAUUGGCGUAGAAUAUGGCGGAGCAUCACCCGGUGUCCGACAACAAACAUAAAUCGUCAUUGAACUCCGGAGCGUCGUACUCUGGAAACGGGCGCAGCACGGCGCUCGCGGAAAGAGGCACCAACACCGGAUCAGGAGGAGGUCUGUCAGGCGGCCUGUCACAGCCGGCCGGUUGGCAGUCCCUGCUGUCUUUCACCAUCCUGUUCCUGGCCUGGCUGGCCGGCUUCAGCUCCAGGCUCUUUGCUGUCAUUCGCUUCGAGAGCAUCAUUCACGAGUUUGACCCCUGGUUUAACUACAGGUCCACUCACCACCUCACCACAAAUGGCUUUUAUGAAUUCCUCAACUGGUUUGAUGAAAGAGCCUGGUACCCUCUGGGUAGGAUAGUAGGGGGCACGGUAUACCCAGGUCUGAUGGUCACAGCUGGCCUCAUCCACUAUGUGCUUAACCUGCUGCACAUCACCGUCCACAUCCGGGAUGUGUGUGUGUUCCUAGCCCCAGUAUUCAGUGGCCUGACGUCCAUCUCCACCUUUCUGCUAACAAGAGAGCUGUGGAACCAGGGGGCGGGGCUACUUGCAGCCUGCUUCAUUGCCAUUGUCCCCGGCUACAUCUCCCGCUCUGUGGCUGGCUCCUUUGACAAUGAAGGCAUUGCCAUCUUUGCCCUGCAGUUCACCUACUACCUCUGGGUAAAAUCAGUGAAGACAGGAUCGGUCUUCUGGACCAUAGGAUGCUGCCUGUCCUAUUUUUACAUGGUCUCGGCUUGGGGCGGUUACGUGUUCAUCAUCAACCUUAUUCCUCUUCAUGUGUUUGUCCUACUGCUAAUGCAGCGCUUCAGUAGGAGAGUCUACAUAGCCUAUAGCACCUUCUACAUCGUCGGCCUGGUCCUGUCUAUGCAGAUUCCCUUUGUGGGCUUUCAGCCAAUCAGGACUAGUGAACACAUGGCCGCAGCAGGUGUGUUUGUGCUGCUGCAGGUCUAUGCCUUCCUGCAGUACCUGAAGGACCGACUGACCAGGCAGGAGUUCCAGACUCUGUUCUUCCUGGGAGUGUCACUGGCUGCUGGAGUGGUUUUUCUCUCUGUCAUCUAUUUGACAUACACAGGGUACAUUGCUCCAUGGAGUGGGCGCUUCUACUCUCUCUGGGAUACUGGCUAUGCUAAGAUCCACAUUCCUAUUAUAGCAUCAGUAUCUGAGCACCAGCCCACCACCUGGGUGUCCUUCUUCUUUGACCUUCACAUCCUCAUCUGUACGUUCCCAGCAGGCCUCUGGUUCUGCAUUAAGAACAUCAAUGAUGAGCGUGUCUUUGUGGCCUUGUAUGCCAUCAGCGCUGUCUAUUUUGCUGGCGUGAUGGUGCGUUUGAUGCUGACUCUGACACCAGUGGUGUGCAUGUUGUCAGCCAUAGCCUUUUCCAGCGUCUUUGAGCACUACUUGGGAGACGACAUGAAGAGGCAGAGCCCGCCUGCGGAGGACAGCAGCGACGAGGAUGACAGGAAGAAUGCUGGCAACCUCUACGACAAGGCUGGUAAGGUGCGUAAGCACGUAUCAGAGCAGGAGAAGGCUGAGGAGGGCCUGGGCCCCAACAUCAAGUCCAUAGUCACCAUGCUGAUGUUGAUGCUUCUCAUGAUGUUUGCCGUCCACUGCACCUGGGUCACCAGCAAUGCCUACUCCAGCCCCAGUGUAGUGUUGGCUUCUUACAACCAUGAUGGCUCCCGUAACAUCCUGGAUGACUUCAGGGAGGCCUACUAUUGGCUGAGGCAGAACACAGACGAACAUGCCAGAGUGAUGUCCUGGUGGGACUACGGCUACCAAAUAGCAGGCAUGGCAAACCGAACCACGCUGGUCGACAACAAUACAUGGAACAACAGUCACAUAGCACUGGUGGGUAAAGCCAUGUCAUCUAAUGAGAGUGCAGCCUAUGAGAUCAUGAGGUCACUGGAUGUUGACUAUGUCCUGAUCAUAUUUGGUGGGGUAAUUGGCUACUCAGGCGAUGACAUCAACAAGUUCCUGUGGAUGGUGCGCAUCGCAGAGGGGGAACACCCCAGGGACAUCAGGGAGAGUGACUACUUUACCCCACAGGGAGAGUUCAGAGUGGACAAAGCUGGCUCCCACACCCUACUCAACUGCCUUAUGUACAAAAUGUCAUACUAUCGCUUUGGAGAGAUGCAGUUGGACUUCAGGACACCUCCAGGCUUUGACCGGACACGUAACGCUGAGAUUGGCAACAAGGACAUAAAGCUGAAGCACCUGGAGGAAGCCUUCACCUCAGAGCACUGGCUGGUCAGGAUUUAUAAGGUCAAAAAGUUGGAGAACAGAGACCGUGUGGAGCAAAAGCCACGAAGCACUGACACCACUAAGCAGAAGUACACCUCCAAAAAGACAGCCAAGAGAAAGCGGGGAUACAUCAAGAACAAGCUGUCCGUCAAGAAGGGCAAGAAACUAACUAAGAAAUUUUUAUAGGAAGACCCCACCACCACCACCACCAGAGGCACACUGGACAGGAGAAAGGAAAAAUCCCAAACACAAAACUUUCAACAAAGCAAGCGGCCAACAGUAAAAUCCACCAAGCAGAUGAAUAAGGAACUCCAGAGGCUCUCUUGUCAUCAUGAGCGUCCUCAUGAGGACGUCCACGCUGACAAGGUUGCCCUUUCCAAGCAGAAUGUGUUGAACCCCAGCUGACCUUUGACCCUAAAAGGAAUGUGAAUGAGGCAGAGAACAGUAGAUGUCUGGUAGUAUGAGAUCCUCCCCACACUGGAACUGUGACUUUUGACUCGCUUUUCUUUUUUUUGUACUUGAAUGUUCUGUGAGUGAUGGGAGACAGAGAAAGCAAGAGAGAUUAGAUGUCCUUAAUCCAGGGACUCCAUUUGCAACUCUAUGCAUCAUUCAGACCACCAUUCUACCAUGUUACAGAUUCAGAUUCAGGCCUGCUCAAACUUAGAUUAAGGUGAUUCUAGGAUCACUGAAAUGGUCUUUCCCAUUGUUGGAAUGUCUCCAAUUCUCAAAUAUGUUUGAUGGUACAGGAAUGAGAGGAAAUGGACUUGACCUGCCCAACACCCAGGUAUAGGAAACCCAAUGUGGUUGGAUCACAGUAAGCACAUGGGUACUGGGUAGUCUGUUUUAAUGUAUUUCAUUUCUUUUUACAUCCUCCUUGGGAUCCACUAUCAACAGAAGUGUGCAUGUACACAUACAAGCCAACAAGAAGCAUCACCCACAUCCAGCCUCAUACUGCUGCACUGACAGGAUACAGAUUAUUUCUGAAUCAGACUGCACUGGCUACUUAAUUUCCCCUUUCUUAACUUGGGUCUGAUUUUCAUAGUCUGUCAGUAACACUGUACUCCCCAUUACUUGAGACCUGGCAACAUAGCUAAAAACAUGUCUUACAGACAAGGAACCAUGAACAAACAGGUUAGGUUAUUCAAGUUUAUUUCUAAGAGAAAAGAAAGGCAAAACAGAAAGUGAUGACACAACAGUCCGCUGGAAACAUCAUCACAGCUCAGACUUCUGGGCUCAACUUGCUGAAAUUGUAUGUACAGUCCUCCUCUAAAAUGGAGGAGUAUUACCAAAACUUAAGGUACACUCUGUUUUAGAAACAAUUAAAGUGUCUUCCCAUAAUUUAGUAUUGCAAGUUCAUUAAAAUUGUGGACUAACAAACUUUUACUUUUUUUUUUUUUCAAAAGCAGAGCAGAGGCCAAAACAUUUGUUUUCUUUCUAGUAUGGGUCAAACUCCAAAAAUGCUAGAACCUACAUUUCCCAUAAUGCAACUGGAUAGCAUUUUUCACUGGAUUCUCCUCCUCUCUUUAGCACUGACUUCUUUCACACCCAAUAUGUCCAGUUUGUAAUGUAGGCUUUCUGCUAACAGUACAUCAUCUCAGCCCAAACCAAAAUGGCCCCUGAAUGCAUGACUGGGGUUAUAGUUCUCACAGUUUGGAAAGCUCCUCCCAGAUCACCACUCACAGGCUGAGUAGUCCUCCUUGUGAUGAGUAAACUGAACUUGUGUAAAAUUAGUGGAGUGCCCCUUUAAAGUGGUGUAAUCUGGCUAAACUGCUGUUGGUGUCCAGUCUAAUUGUCUGAAUGCUUGUAAAUCUUGCAUUUUGACUUCUAAUGACUUUGAGUACAGUGUUAUUAGAGCUGAGAGAAAUUAUGACCCAUGCUAUGGCACUCCUAAUUUGUAAUGAAACAGAAUGGUCUUUUAAGCUGUGCCAGUUCUUAGCUGCACCGUUUGCACAUUAAUAACAGCACUGGACUCCACAUGGAACAGGCCUGUAGGAGCUCAGUGCUGUUUAAGAUGCUUCAGGGAAGCCAGACCAAGAACCACAUUUUAUCAGUUAAUGAUGAAUGAAGAAAUCCAGUCCAACAGAAUGCUGCAUCUGUCUUGACAGAUACAGUAACAGGAUCAAACACACUCUACUCCUGCUAAUUAUUCCUUGAUGAAUUUAGAAAAUCUUCUCAUUACAUGCUGGUGGUUCUUUUAUAACUGGCUGAAUUUUCACUGUCUCUUCAUUUGUAGCUCCAUCAUGCAACCAGUGACAUAGCAUUGUCAGCAGUUCCUUUUGUGAAACAGCCUUCCCUUAAAAUGAAUCUGCCUUAUUAUUCUUCUCGAAAAUAUCCUAAGAAACAUCGAUCCGGCUCGAGCUGACUUUGAUUCUGUUGGGAGGUUUUGUCAGAACACCAUCGUAAGAAAGUCCAGGUGGAGAGGUUUGCACUGGCCUUAAAAGAAACCCUUUCACAAUCUUAUUUCCAGAGAGCAACAGUCAGUGAGGGUAUUUAUUACAUGACAAUGGAAGCUGCGAUGACUAAAACAAGCAUAGCAUCUGAUCAUGAGACGCAAGGGUUUUGUUUUGAUUUUCAAUGUUUCUUCCAUAAAUUGUAAUGAUCUGGAAGCAGGUGUGAGAAUGAAACGUGCCGUUUUUGAAUAAAGCUGUUGAAGUAACCCUUGUUUUUAUUUCUUGCAUCUCGUAUGCAGAACGUACGGUGUUACUGUCAUUUAACAUAGACCUUUCCACACGGCUGGUCUUCAGUGCCAAUUAAGGUGCACUAUAUACCAUAGCGUAUCACUCUGGAGAUACCCUUAACUAGUCUGCUUCUGGAUUAAUGCUAACUGAAUGGAUUAGAUUCUAUAUUAAAAUGGAUAAAAACCAAUUCCACUUAUAAAUGAAAUUGACAUUU